AUGUUUUGCUUUGAAAGGACCGCGAGACACAGCAGGAUUGGACGCAGGAUCGAUCUUUUGCAGAGUAUUUCGCCUCCCACAGACUUUUUGAUACGAAAUUCGUCUUUAGCCAGGAACAAGUGUCUAACAUCAUGAGGUUCUAGCGUCACUCGCUUAUCAUCUCCCGGUCAAGUACGAUUGGCACCCAACAAUGAAAUAAAAUGGAGGAAGAAGAUGUAAUGAAUACUAGACUUGCAAUCAAGGAAUCACUGAAGAAGCUUGAUGAAUACACAACUUACCUGAGAUCAAGGCUAACAGACAUCAAGUCAACACGUGAAGGAGUCAACGAUAGCAUCAGCAAAGCACGUAUAGUGGUUAAUGAAAGAUUUGAAGAAAUCAGGAAGGAAAUAGCACAUGUGUUAGAAGCUCGCCAAAGAGGAAUUUUAAAUACUAUUGCUGAGAUAGAAAGGAAGGAUCUUGAUCCUCUGACUUCUUUGGAAGACAGAAUCAAUGGAGAUUUAGACAACACUGUACAGUGUAUCGAAAAAGGUAAUUCUGCUCUUGAUGAGGAUGAUGCAACCCUCCUGAGUGAAGGAAAGAACCUAAAUAAUGAGCUGCAAAUUUCAUCUAUAAGAUAUCCUGACACACCAUGUAUAUCACAAACCCUGUCUGUAACAUUCAGCGAGAGUCAUACCCAGUCAGUUAUAGAUGCAGUCAAUUCUUUGGGAGAAAUGUCUAUGACUGGAACACUUCAGAUUACUGAACUGUUAGAGCAGCCUGGAGCCAUCCUAGUGCAGUGGUAUGAUGAGACAUUUUCAGACAGUGAAUCAAUCACAGACUACAGUGGAGUUCAAGAGUACAUGCUACAGUGUUGUCGCACUGACAAUAAAGGAAACUGUGACUCUGUCUUUAGCACAGUGUACUGUGGUGAAGAAUCAUCACAUUUGGUUACAGAUCUGGAGCCGCAUGUGUCGUACACUUUCCGUGUCUGUGGAAGGUUUGGAAAAGAAGGGAAGUGGGGAUCAUGGAGUAUUCCAAGGAAUGGAAUAACAACACUUGACCAACAUGAAUGGUCUGCUGCGGAUUGCCUCAACCAGAAUAAACUUGCUGUCUAUCAGCUGAGUAACAGACGGAAAACUGCAACAAAAGUAUUCCCUGACUGUUCUAAGGUUUUGCGAUCAAAGACUAUGAGCUACAGACUUGACACAGCACUAGUUCUCAAGAUUGAGGAGACUGGUGACUCCAGCAAUGGUGACGGGAUUGGUCUUACUACUGGGUCAUUUGAUUUUAGCAAUGCUAGACAGGUCCUGCAAUGCCCUGGCUCUGUGAGCAUCAACUCCAAAGGUGUUGUCUACGUCAAUGGAGUACCCAUGACGACAAGAUUGCCACCAUUCAAACGUGGCUCUGUAGUUGUGUUCGAAGCAAGCAGAGUCUCCAAAUACAAGCUUCGAGUGUCAAUCACUAUGGAUGACAAGUUAGUGACAUUUGAUUGGCAGGUGGAUGACUCUUGUGAUGGAUUUUAUUUUGCAAUGGGUUUUCAACAUUCUGGUUGGCAAGUUUCAGUCUAACAUUAAAUUGUGUCCUCCUAGCUGAUAGCAUUUUAAGCCUUAUUGGUAGGUAUUAUAGAUUGGAAAUAUUUGAUUUUCAGAUAGUGAAUUUCAAAUUGAGUUUACUCAGUAAUUAUAACAAUAAAAAUUAAAGCAAAAUUUAAGUUUAAGGCAGUUUUUUGCCAUGAUAAAUUUUAAUGACCUCAAACCCUGUACUUCUACACGUAAGUACUUAGGGAACAGCAGGCAGGAUCUAUGAAGUUGUCGUGCUAGAUUUUCUGUUGCCACAUAGUGAGUAGUAAAGGAAUAAUCAAAUGUUGCCACAAUAUUAGUCUGACCAUUUAUUCGUAAAAUUCUGGUAAAGUCUGAAUUUAUAAUGUGAUAUGACAAGGCUGUCAUCAUUAUUUUGAUAUGUUGCUUCAAAUUGAUCAGCAUAAUUUCCAAUUUCUGUUUUUUGUUUUCUUAUUGUUGUUUUUUUUUUUUCGACAUAACUAUCUCAGUUGGCCUUGUCAGUGAAAUCUCAAUUUUUGCAAAAGAAUUUUAUAACAUUGUUCAUACACUUUUAGUUGAGUUUGCCAGGUAAAAAUGUUUACCAUCCAUUUUAAAAGCCAAAUUAUGUUUCAACUUCUGGGUUGCAAUACAAGGAAUUAUCCUGAUCAACUUGUGACAAUCUUAAAGGGAACAAGGAAUCUUGUGAGCACUUCCCUGUCACAGCUUCUUCACUUAAUCAUUUGGUCAAUUUUUCUUGAACUAUUAAGAAACUCCAUCAAAACCUAAACAAUGCUAUAGAGCACAAAGUUUCUCCAUAAUAUAUUGAUGCAAUUUUUUUAAAAAAAAAAAUAAAUCUGAUCUGUUGCUGAAUACUUUUCAAACAACCUCAACAUUUGUUUGAAAUAAUGCGACAACUUACUUGCAUAUGCAUCUGUUAAUAUAUUCUUGAAAAAUUAAUCAGGUCCCCAUAAGGGUGCUUAAAUAUUACUGUUGGUUUUUCUUGAUGGGGAUUAUAAACACCAGAUCACAAUCUUCUCAAUGAAAAUCUCACAGUUUGACUUUUAAUAAAGGUUCUGUUCACUCAAA